AUGGCGGCUGUUGCUGCAAAGCCACACGUUUUGGUGGCCUGUGCCUUGCUGCUCCUCGCUGUGGGGUGCCAGGCCAGCCCUUUCUGGCCACUGGAGAUCGGCUACUACCACGACAAAUGCCCCCAGGCGGAGGCUGUCGUCAAGGGCGUCAUGGAGAAGGCCAUCUCUCAGAACCCCGGCAAUGGCGCCGCCAUGAUCCGCAUGCUCUUCCACGACUGUUUCGUCGAGGGCUGUGAUGCUUCCGUCCUCCUGGACCCGACCCCGUUCAGCCCGACGCCGGAGAAACUCAGCCCGCCGAACGACCCUACCCUACGCGGCUUCGAGCUGAUUGACGCCAUCAAGGACGCCCUCGAGGCGGCCUGCCCGGGCGUCGUCUCAUGUGCUGACAUCGUCGCCUUUGCGGCCCGUGACGCAUCCUGCAUCCUCAGCAGGGGCAAGGUAAACUUCCAGAUGCCGUCCGGCCGCCGCGACGGCACCUUCUCCAACGCCUCCGAGCCGCUCAAGUUCCUGGCGCCGCCGCCGACGUCCAACCUCAGCGACCUCGUCGCUAGCUUCGUCAUCAAGGGCCUCAACACGGAGGACCUGGUCGUCCUCUCUGGCGCGCACACCAUCGGGCGUUCCCACUGCUCGUCCUUCGUCUCCGACCGCCUCAACACCCCCUCCGACAUCAACGGCGGCCUCGCCGCGUUCCUGAGGGGACAGUGCCCGGCCGACGCGACGCCGGGCGGCAACGACCCGACGGUGAUGCAGGACGUGGUGACGCCCAACAAGCUGGACAGGCAGUACUACAAGAACGUGUUGUCGCACACGGUGCUCUUCACCUCCGACGCGGCGCUCAUGACUUCGGUGGAGACGGCGAGGAUGGUGGUGGAGAACGCCAAAAUCCCCGGAUGGUGGGAGGACAGGUUCGAGAAGGCCAUGGUGAAGAUGGCCGGCAUCGAGGUCAAGACCGGCCACCAGGGCCAGAUCAGGAAGAACUGCCGCGCCAUCAACCACUACUAA